AAAGUUGAGUCAAACAGUGAUUCCCAUUUUUUAUGAAGUGGAACCAUCCGAUGUGAAGUGUCAGAGGGGAUACUUUGGAUCUCUCUUUGAUAAAACUUGUGUGGGGAGAUCAGUGGAAGACGUUGAGAAAUGGAAACGAGCUCUGGACGAAGUGUCCAAUAUCUUUCGUUAUGUUUCAAGGAGCUGGUUAGUCAUUUUUAUGUCUUAAUCAUUUUGGCACGUCAUUGUAUAUUUGUAGUGGCUUUUUUCAUGACUUUCUUUUUGGUUUGAUAUUAUUUUUUUCUAGGGAAAUGGAAGAAAUUAUCGAAAAAGUUGCUAACAAUCUUUCAGACUUGUUAUAUGAGGAUGUACCAUCAGGGGAUUUUGACGGAUUAGUUGGGAUGGAGAAUCAUAUCAUGCAGAUAAGUUCAUUGUUGUCACUAGAUUCCGAUGACGUGAGGAUGGUUGGAAUCUGGGGUCCUUCAGGAAUUGGAAAAACGACCACCGCCCGAGCUUUAUAUAGGAAGCUCUCUAGUAAUUUCACACACACUGCUUUCAUGGAGAGCAUAAAAGCAAUUCGUGAAGAAAUACACACUGACGACCAUGCCUACAUGUUGUAUUUACAAGAAAAACUUUUGUGUCAAACCUUCAACCAUAUGGGUUUGGAGAUACAUCACUUGGGAGUGGCGGAAAAAAGGCUGAAGGAUAAGAAAGUGCUUGUCGUUCUCGAUGAUGUAGAUGAUUUAAAGCAGCUAAAAGCCAUGGCUAAAAAGACUCAGUGGUUUGGCAAUGGAAGCAGGAUUAUCAUCACAACAACUGAUAAGAAACUUUUGAAGGCACAUGGGAUCAAUGAUAUUUACCACGUGGAGUUUCCAUGUGCAUCUGAUGCUCUUGAAAUCCUAUGUCUACAUGCUUUUGGUCAAAAGUCCCCAUAUCUUGGUUUUGAGGAGCUCGCCAUGGAUGUUACACAACUUGCCGGUGAUCUUCCGUUGGGUCUAAGUGUUUUUGGUUCAUAUCUGCGAGGAAGGUCGGAAGAAGAGUGGACAGCUGCACUUCCUAGAUUUAGGACAAGUCUCGUGCCAGAACUUAAGGAUAUAUUAAGGUGCGACUACGAGGCAUUAUGGGAUAAAGACAAAUAUUUAUUCCUUCAUAUAGCAUGUUUUUUCAAUGGUAAGAAAACUACCAACAUGGUAAAGCAUCUUAGCAACUUGGACGUCACCCACGGGCUUCAGAUUUUGACAGAAAAAUCUCUCAUAUCUAUAGACAAAGAUGGACGCUUGGUGAUGCAUAGUUUGCUUGAACAACUAGGUAAAGAAAUUGCCCACAAAGAAUACAGAGAUGAGUAUGGGAGAUGUAAGUUCGUAGUGGAUGCUGGGGAGCUUGGUGACAGCAUUGAGGGGAGCACCUAUAAAGGGAUCGUUGAUCCUUUCAAGGGUCUUUCUCCGUUUCCUUCCCGUUGUUCACACCAAGUCUUCCCAAGUUUUUGUGGGGUAGAUGUCCGAAAAGCCUUCCUCACUCACACGCUGAAGGAGUUCAAAAACAAAGGAAUAACUGUAUUCACUGAUAAUAACGAUAUUAAAAGAAGCAUGUCGAUUGGUCCUGAGCUCAAAGAAGCUAUAAAAGGAUCGAGGGUCUCGAUUGUUAUAGUGUCAAAGAAUUAUGCUUCUUCAACGUGGUGUCUGGACGAGUUGGUGUUGAUCAUGAAGUGUAGGGAAGAGUUGGGUCAAAUAGUAAUGACCAUGUUCUAUGACGUAGAACCAACCGAUGUGAAGAAGCAGACGGGAUAUUUUGGGUCUGUCUUUGAGUCAACUUGUGUGGGGAAAUCAGUGGAGGACGUAGAAAGAUGGAAACAAGCUCUGAAGGAAGUGGCCACGAUCGCGGGUUUUGAUUCAACCAUCUGGAAAAAUGAAGCAGAAAUGAUCGAAAAUGUUGCUACCGAUAUUUCAAACAAGUUAAAUAUGGCUACGGCGUCAAGAGAUUUCGAUGGAUUAGUUGGGAUGGAGAAUCACAUCACACAGAUAAGUUCAAUGUUGUCAUUAGAUUCCAAUGACGUGAGGAUGGUUGGAAUCUUGGGUCCUGCAGGAAUUGGGAAAACGACCAUCGCCCGAGCCUUAUAUAACAAACUCUCUAAUAGUUUCACACACACUGCUUUUAUGGAGAGUAUAAGGGGAAGUGGUGAGAGAACACACAGUGACGAUUAUGCAUUCAUGUUGCAUUUACAAGAACAAUUUUUGUCUAAAACCUUCAACCACAAGGAUUUGAAGAUACAUCACUUGGGUGUGGCGGAAGAAAGGCUGAAAGACAAGAAAGUGCUUUUAGUUCUCGAUGAUGUAGUUGAUUUGAAGCAGCUAAAAGCCAUGGCUGGCAAUUCUCAGUGGUUUGGCUGCGGAAGCAGGAUUAUCAUGACGACAAAGGCUGCACGUCUUUUAGAAGCACAUGGUAUUGACCAUAUAUACCACGUGGGGCUUCCAUCAUUAGCACAAGCUUAUGAAAUCUUUUGUCUAUAUGCUUUUGGUCAGAAGUUCCCGUAUGAUGGUUAUGAGGACCUCGCCAUGGAAGUUACAGGACUUGCUGGUGAUCUACCUUUGGGUCUACGUGUUUUUGGUUCACAUCUGCGAGGAAUGUCCAAAGAAGAGUGGAUAGAGGCACUUCCUAGACUUAGGACAAGUCUCGAUGGAGACAUUGAAAAGGUUUUAAGGUUCAGCUACGAGGCCUUAUGCGAUAAAGAUAAAGAUUUGUUUCUUCAUAUAGCAUGUUUAUUUGAAGGUGAGAGCAUUAGCUACCUUGAAAAGUGUCUUGCACACAGUGACUUGGAUGUCAGGCACGGUCUUAAGGUCUUGGCUAAUAAUUCUCUCAUAUCUAUAACUGAAGAAGAACGCUUGGUGAUGCAUAAUUUGGUCGAACAACUCGGUAAAGAAAUCGUCCGCCAAGAACACAAAGAUGAACCUGAGAGACGUAAAUUCUUGGUGGAUGCUCGGGAGAUUUGUGACGUGCUUACCGAUAAUACAGGCUCUAAAUCUGUUUUGGGUAUAGAUCUCGACAUAAUGGCAAUCAAGGAUGAAUUAUGCAUUGACAAGAGAGCCUUUGAAGGGAUGACUCGACUCCAGUUCUUAAGAUUUAAAAGUCCCUAUGGUUCCGGCAAGAACAACAAGUUGAUCUUGCCCCAGGGUCUGAACAAUCUACCUCGUAAGCUUAGACUCCUAUGUUGGGAUGAGUUUCCUUUGAGAUGUUUGCCUCCUGAUUUUGCUGCUGAGUUUCUAGUCAUCCUUGAGAUGCGGAAUAGCUCUAUUGAGAAGCUUUGGGAAGGAUCUCCUCUGAUGGAUAUGUCUUACUCCUUAAAAUUGAAAGACAUACCUAAUGUGUCAAAUGCCACAAAUCUUGAGACAUUAAUACUCAAUGGUUGUGAAAGUCUGGUGGAGAUUCCUACUUGGUUCAAGAAUCUCUCACGUCUCACACACCUAAAGAUGGUGGGAUGCAAGAAGCUCAAGGAUCUUCCAACCAACAUCAACAUGGAAUCUCUCUAUCACCUAGACCUCAGUCACUGCACACAACUGAAAACAUUUCCAGAAAUUUCCACAAGAAUUGGGUAUCUUGAUCUGGAAAAUACUGGUAUAGAAGAAGUUCCAUCAUCUAUAAGGUCUUGGCCAGAUUUUGCUAAAUUGAGCAUGCGAGGUUGCAAAAGCCUGAGGAUGUUCCCAGAUGUUCUUGACAGUAUGGAAGAGUUGAACUGAGUGAUACCAAAUAAAUUUGUUUGGUCGCGAAAUGGAGGCGUUUGGGACCUCAAUGGGUUUAAGAAUCAUUGUUGACGAAUUAUUUGCAAGGUGGUGGUCACUUUCUACUUCAAUAAUGUCUUCUUAUUUCCUAGCUUUAAGAGGCAUUUGUUACUAUGCCAUGAUCAACAUCAUUGUCAAGAUCGACUCUAGCUGAUUGUAAGAAUAAUGAACUGCCAUAAGUAAAGAAACUGAAACUAUUUCUUUUGGA